UCUUGUCUCGUUCCCUCCCUUAUAUUUGCUAAAGGAAUACGGAGGCUUAUUGUUUUCCCCUUGUAAUGUUGGCUAAGAGCUUCUUAGUCCGGAGAUUGUAGAUGAAGAUUUAGCAUAGAAGGAGACCAUUGUACCUGUCCGGUUAAAGAUCCUGGUGGCUUUCUGUUCUGUCUGGCCUGCUAGUGGGAGCAGAAAUCAUUUACGGAAUAACUGUGGGCCUGAGUGUCGAGACCACAUCAUGGAAGAGCACAUUGAGCAAAGCACAGUGGAUAGGCAGGGCCCCGUCGACUACGGGGUCCAAAUACGCUUCAUAAAUGACCUCCAGGAGACCCAUAAAUCCAAGAAAGCCAAGAAGAAUGUGGCCAAGUCAGGAUCCUAUGGGGUCAUGGUCCGGGUCCAGGGGAUCUCUGGACAGCCGUACGUGGUGUUGAAUAACAGUGAUGGGGUAUCACCAACGCCUGGGGCACAGUACAGGACAGAUUCUGUUAGAGACCGCAUCCCGGAAGAGAAUGGUUCUGCCAUGCCCGGCACCUAUCCAGAGAUUAGGGAAGGUGCAAAGGAGCUUGACGUUCCGGAGAACCCUUACGGAGACACCACUUCCAGUCGCCGUCCCACCGGCAAUGAUUCCCAGUGCAGUACCUCCGACGAAGAAGCAGGUUCCAGACACUACGUGCGGCUCUACGAUUCGGAGGCCUACCUUCGGAGCAGCAGAAAUGCUGGCUCGUAUGAGAGCGUCGAGGGCCACAUGUCGCUGCCCCGCCGGAAGCCCGCACACCCUGAAGAGCAGCUGAGGAAGUCUCACUCCCAGGGAUCGUUGCUCAACCUGGAAGAAGAGCCAUUUCCCCUCGACCUUCCAUCCGGGAAAAGAGCGGACCAGAACACCCGGAGCUCUGUCGCGUCAACCAGCAGCGAGCAGUCUGGCAGCAGCGGCAGAGGGAAAAUGCAGGGCUAUUCCAACAACCUGUACCCGGACGAACCUCGAGCUAACCUAUCCGUGUCGAACUCCACCAGUUGGUCAAAGCCACCCAGCAAAGCAUCUUCUGCCACAGACGUUUCACUGCAGUCCAAUGACACCAGUGCGAUAGACACCAAGCCACUCUCGUCUGUUGACUCCUUAAUCAGCAAGUUUGACCGAAGUGGCGGGCAGCAGAGGGGCCGAACGGCGAGACGUAAUCGGAUUACGGCCAGUGACCAGAAGCGGUCGCAAAGCCUUGACAACAGAGUGCCGACACACCGCUCCAGCAGUGGACCGGAACUCAAGAAAGAGCCUGACUGGGAUGAGGGAUUUGAGACGCCCGGUGGCCAGAAACCAUUCCGUUCCGGUGACGUGAUGGAUGUCUGCAAGGACGUCAGCUACGAGAAGAUCCUGGAAGCCAGGCCUCCAGUGGUCACAAAGGAAUCCCCUCCUCAAACCCAGUUGGCUCCUCCGGUCUCCAGUGCAGACAACAGAUUCCCUAGCAAACCUGCCAAGGAGCCGGCCCACUUUCCGACUUUCAAUGCGUCCAGUCUCCCCAGAAAGUGGAGCCAGAAUCAAACCGAGGUGGAACCCGUCGUGGAGAGGAGUCGGAAUGCUGCAGUCUUCACUGAGCGAACCAUGCAGUUAAAAUCCACACCUGACCUUCUGAGGGACCAGCAAGGACUCUCUCCUGCCAGCGAAGAGCCAACUAAGCAGCUUCUCUUCAAAAUACUGAAGGAGGGGAGUGUCGAAAGUGACAGUUUCUUGAGGAAGAAAGCAAGCCUGGUGUUUGACAAAUUCCAAGGCAUGAAGUAUGCUGAAUUACCACCUGAUCUCCAGACCCUCUCUACUCGGAACAGUGACUUGGAGAAGAAAAUCGCAGAGCUCCAGCGCAAACUGGAUGAAGAACUAAUGAAUCAUAAGGAUGGUCAGAGGAGAAUUGAUGUGCAGGAUCUCCGAAUGCAGCUGGAGGAGACCAAGGAGGAAAAGGACCAGCUGCAUGCGCUGUAUCAGAAGAAUAGGAAGGAGCUCCAGGAUAACAUCCAAGAACUAAUGAAACUGAAGAUGGAGAAGGAGACGGUGGAGGCAGAGAUGAGAGACCUGCAGGAUGAAAUGGCUGCCAUGCACAAAGAGCUGAAAAGUAGCAGGAAAUCUGCGGGGGACAGUGGGGACACGGAGAUUUUAUCAGAACUAGCAAGGACAAAAGAGGAACUGGACAUGGUCGCCACAGCCAAACAGACCGUGGAAGACAUCCUGAGGCAAAAGGAGCGGGAGCUGACAGCCCUGAAGGGCGUUCUGAAGGAAGAGGUGUCCAGCCACGACAAGGCGAUGGAAGACCUUACAGCCCAGUACCAGAAGGAUAUGGAACAGCUCAGGAAAAACUUUGAGGAGGUGUCACAGACACAGCAGAACGUGGAGUCUGAGAGGCAGAAGAUCAAUUCGACGAUGCGGAACCUGCAGAGACAGCUGGAGGAGAGCACCGAGGAGACCGUGCACUGGAAGGAGAUGUUCCAGAAAAACCGUGAGGAGCUACGCAACACCAAGCAGGAGCUGCUGCAGAUCAAGCUGGAGAAGGAGGAAUUCGAUGAGGAGCUGCGGGAUUUGCGCGAUCGUUACUCGGUGAUGCAGGAUGAGGUGGACCAUGUGAAACGGACUUCAGUGGACAAUACAGAGAUCCAGUCGCUUAAAAAAGAGCUGGUUAUGGCCAAGAAGGAACUGCAGGAGAUGGCCAGGAACGUUGAGCGUCAGGAGGCUCUGUUGCAACGCAAGGAGCAGGAACUGAGUGCACUGAAAGGAACACUCAGCGAAGAGGCUGCCAAUCACAGCAAAGCCCUCGAUAAACUCAAGCAGAGCCAUCAGAAGGAAGUGGACGUGCUAAAGAGGAACUGUGACCUUAUGUCAAAGGAUAAAUUAAACCUGGAAAAUGAGAAAGGAGCCACUGAGCAAGCCAAGAAGGCAGCGGACUCCUCUCUCAAACAGUUGAGGCAGGACAACGAGGACCUGAAGAGGAAGAUAUCGCAAAUAGACUUCCAGAUGGGAGAGUGCAAGGACGAGAUUGAGGAGCUGAAGGCCUCUGAAUCCCGGCUGAAGGACAGGGCGGUCCGACUGGAGGCAGAGCGGAAGCAAAUGGAACUGUCUCUGGGAGAAGCGACAGAGAAGGAACAGGAGAUGGCCAUAAACAAGAGGAUGUUGGAAAACCGCCUGGAAGAAACGCAGAGGAAUCUGAACAGGCUGACCCAAGACCACCAGGAGUUAACCGAGCGUUUCCAGGACGAGACGAGGCAAAAGGAUCAGCUGAGGAAAGCGAAGAAUGAGCUGGAGGAGCAGAAGAGGUUGCUAGAUAAGACGAUUGAGAAGCUGCAGAAAGAGGUGGAUGAGGUCUCUAAGCAGUCAGGAAACUCUGUGGUGGUGCUGCAGUCCCAACUGGACGAGUGCCGGGAUAAGUCACGUCGCGAGUUAACGGAACACCAGAGGCAAGCGAAGGAGAGGGUUCUGGAGCUGGAAAAAGCCAACGUGACCAUCAAGCGGUUACACGAUGAGGCCGGGCGUCUGAAGCAGGAUCUGCAGCAGAGCAACGCGGAGAAGGAGAACGCGCUGCUGGACAAGGAUCUGCUGGGCCAGCGGCUGCAGAACCUGGAGCAGGACAUGGAGGCCAGGAGGCGGACACAGGACGACAAGUUGCGGAUGGUGAAAGUUCUGGAGGACAAGGUCAAACACCUGGAGCUGGAACUGGAUGAAGAGAAGAACAGCGUGGACCUUCUAACCGAGAGAAUCAACAGGAGCAGGGAACAGAUUGAGCAGCUGAGAGCCGAGCUGAUGCAGGAAAGAGCUGCAAGGCAGGACCUCGAAUGUGACAAGAUUUCCUUGGAGAGGCAGGCAAAAGAUUUAAAGAUUCGCCUGUCCAACUCGGAAGGUACUCUGAAACCAAGUGCCAACUUGUCCCAACUCGAAUCUCGCAUCAGAGAGCUGGAGGAUCGCUUGCAGUCAGAGGAAAGGGACCGAAGUGCACUGCAGGCAUCUAAUCGCAAGCUGGAGAGGAAAGUCAAGGAACUAACCAUUCAGCUCGAUGAUGAAAGGCAGCAGGUGUCUGAUGAGAAGGACCAGCUGACCCUGCGUGUGAAGGCGCUGAAGCGACAAGUCGAUGAAGCAGAGGAGGAGAUUGAGCGACUGGAAGCGGCGAGGAAGAAGAGCUUGCGGGAGCUGGAGGAUCUCCACGAGGUCAACGAGCAGCUACAGAACCGCAUCAAAUCCUUGGAGAAGGAUAUCUGGCGCAAGAACACCCGUUCCAACGUGGGGCUGCGGGAUGACGAUGGGAGUUCAGACGAAGAGUUCACAGGCAGCAUUGAUUCUUCCUCUAUUACCUCGCUGAUAACAGAGAGCAACCUGCAGACAAGCUCCUGUUAGACCAGACUCUGUUGGACAGGAUGAACUCCCCAGGUCAAUCACACUAUACCUCUGUCUCUGUCUGUCCUUUAAGACUGAUCCAUACACAAGUCACUUGUGUAAAGCAACGUUCCUUGCUGAGUUCUUCCAAAUGGAAAGUCAGCUGUGUUUUUGUUUCCUAAAGCGACCUGCCUGCUCAGAACUUUUUAACCACGGUUUUUUUUAAAUCACAUGAUGGAUGUAACUUGUGUUUUCUUGAGCUGCAAUAUUUCAUUUUGUACAGUUUGUUGUAAUCGAUUCUCAUUUCCACAUCCGCACGGGGAGGCGAAGGUGGUCUGAUUAAUUCACACCAGCCUGGAAUGCAGCCACAAACAGGACGGGGAAGGGACUGUGUGUAUGCGUGUGUCUGUCUGUCUGUGUUCCCUGUGUGCACUCUGGCAAGCAGCUGAGAUAGCAGCAUCUCGAAUGUGUGCUGCAGUUUGACUUCAUUGCUCCCAUGUUGACCUGACUUUGGAGGUGUCUGUAGGCUCCCUGAAACUGGGAGUCUCAAACCUGAGGCACAAUUUAAAGGCCCAGUUAAUGGAAAUUGUGCAAAGUCUUGGAAUAGCAUGAUGCACUGGCCAAGAGAUUCAAUUUCAGCUGUUGAAAGCAGAGAAGGGAGAGAGCAGGAAAGCGAGGAAGAGGUGCAUCGAUUUCAGCAGCUUCUGUUACCUGACUUGUCUAACCCAGCUCCGUCGUGUCGUUCUGAAUCGAUCAUCCCCCAGCUGGGUGGAUGCAGGCGAGGAGACACCAUGUAGAAAGGCAGCUGCCUGAUCCACGUCUGAGGCCUGCUAGCUCUGUCUCUGUCUGUGUCUGUCUGUCUGUCUGUGUGUCUGUCUGUCUGUGUGUCUGUCUGUCUGUGUGUCUGUCUGUCUGUGUGUCUGUCUGUCUGUGUGUCUGUCUGUCUGUGUGUCUGUCUGUGUGUCUGUCUGUCUGUGUGUGUCUGUGUCUGUCCAGGGUGAGCUACUGUCAUGUUACUUCUGUUCACCUCUCUCACCCUGCCUGAAUCCCAGCGAUCUCUGGGUGCUCUUCUCCAGCUAGCGACAUGAGUGCUAAAGUGUGGCCCGACCAGUCAGAGAUGCUGCUGCGUGUGCGCUUUGCAAAUGCGUGCUUUUUCAUCCUUUUCAAAAUAUACACCAAGUUUGCACUUGUUCAGCCUUUUACUCAGUGCAGCUCGGGGGGUGUGGGGUUGGGGGGAGCAGGAAGUAUGUGUUGAAUUUGCAGAAACUCACUGCCCUUGGAGCUGAAGGCUGAAGAGCUCUCAUCUUUUCAACAGAGCUGCAGGAAACACCUGAGCAUUGAAGGGGAAUUAACUUUGGGUUCCAGUUACAUUUACCAUUUGACAUUUCUGCUUCUCUCCUGUGCUCGUGCCUUAGCUGGUGUGGGAACUUUUCCCUUUGAGUUUGUUGGUCCUGUCUUUCACCCCCUAAUGAUAGAGGGAGCCUAGAUGCCGAGGGGCUCGUCUGUGCGCAGUGGGCGAUUGGACAGUGUCAGAAGGACAGAAUGAUGGGUGUGCUGGUUCACAUCCCAAUGGGGCGGCUGGAAUUGAGAGCUGCUGUCCGUGAUGGUGACCCGAUCCCUGUCACCUGCUGUCCUUGAGGGAGGCAAGUCUGUCGUCCGACAUGUGACUGCAGGUCUGCAGCAAUGUGGUCAACUCAAAACAGUCUCUGAAAUGACCCUCGCCAGGCACUCUGGUCAAGGGUGAUUUCAGCGUGGGGUGACAAGUGAUGCUGGCAAUGCCCACUUCACAUGAAGAGGAAGAAAGUAUUACCUAAAUACAUCCUGAAUGUUAAUGGGGAGCAUUCUUGAGAGGUGGAGGGGGCAAUAAAGAUGGGUGGGGAUUAAAACAAUCUGUUAAACGUCAGGCGUUUCAUCCAUGUUUUUGUGAAUUGCCAAGGAACAAGCAGUUGGGGAUUUCUGUUUGCUACACGUAACCUUGUUUGCUUCCAAAGUCAAAGUGAAUCGGCCCACCUGUCAGAACGCCAGGACCCAUGAUGGGUUCGGGUUAAAUGGUGAUAAAAGGAGACCUGAAGUUGAAUCUUUUUGUCCCUUGCACUUGUCAGGACUAGCAGGUGAGAAACCUAGUUGACAGAGUGUUGCUGGAAAAGCACAGCAGGUCAGGCAGCAUCCGAGGAGCAGGAAAAUCGACGUUUCAGGCAGGAGCCCUUCACCAGGCCUGGCGUCGAUUCUCCUGCUCCUCGGAUGUUGCCUGACCUGCUGUGCUUUUCCAACAACACACUCUCAACUCUGAUCUCCAGCAUCUGCAGCCUCACCGUCUCCCUGUGAGAAAACUAACCAAGGGGUGGGAGUGUCACAGACAGAAGAGGCAGAUGUCUUUACCAGAGGGUGGAGGACUGAGAGAUUGGGGACAGUUCUUUUUUUACCCAGAGAGUGAUUCACGUGUGGAAUGAACUUCCUGAGGAAGUGGUGGAUGCAGGUACAGUUACAACAUAACAAAGAUUGGCAGUAAACUGUUCCUGCUGUAUCUCCAAGUCAGCAGUGACCCCAGCCAGAGUCCCCCCAAAUCACUGCCCCUUUUCCUAAAGUUAACUUCUUGCACCUUAGUCCUGAUGAGUGUGUGACGUCUAAGCUGCAGCGGUGUGUCUCUCUUUUUUCAGUGUCUAAGUUGUGGACUGCCAGGCAAUGACCCUUCGGGUUGUGUGGUAAAACUACUGGGUUCAAGUCCCUUCUGCUCCCAAGGCGUGUCUCAUGAAUGUCCAAACAGAUUGCAGUUCUUUUAAGUCCUGUAAAUAUCUCUUAAAUUUGCUCUUGUCAACCCUUACUUUUAUAAACUUAUAACUCAAAUGAUAACUUGACUUGAUUUUAUAUGAAUGAAAAGAUUUAUACAGAAUCUAUGGAGAUAUAUAUAUAAAUAUAUAUAAAUAUACACAUAUAUAUUAUCUGUAAAGAAGAAUAUAUUGAUGACUGAUCAAUCAAGAU